UCAUUCUACGGUAACACCAACCGAGCCACUGCAGCAGCCGCCUGUGAUAAACAUGGAGCCAGUCUAACGGGAUUCCAAAACGCCAAUGAAAGAUUGAAAGCCGCACACUUGAUCAGAGCUCUUAUCAACAAAAAAGUGUCUGGUGCACACGCAGUAACCUGGAUUGGAGGACUAAGAAAAGCUAGAUGCGUCAACGUUGCAGCCUGUGCCCCCGCUAACACUUUCGAGUGGGAUGAUGGACAUACUAAUGGAACAUUUGGCUUCAAUUUUUCUGCAAAUCAACCAGAUUUUCUCGGCGGAACGCAAUAUUGCUUGACAAUGAUGGUGCAUCGAACUUCCGAUGCGGAGUUAAUUGAUGCCAUCUAUCACUAUUACAGUGGCCAAAUGAACGAUGUGCUCUGCGUCAUGACACAAGACACCUAUAUAUGUGGAAAAGCUGCAAAAUAG